AACGGCAGCGGGAUUAGCAGCGGGAACGGGCCGGGAGGCGACGGUGGCAGCGUCUGGCCUUAAAAUCAUGGCACUGAAACAGGUUUCCAGCAAUAAAUGCUUUGAAGGUUUCCAGAAGGUGUUUGAACAUGACAGUGCAGAGCUGAAAUGCAAAAUGAAGUUUGGAAUCUACUUGCCUCCAAAAGCAGAAACUGGAAAGUGUCCUGUGCUGUACUGGCUGUCAGGGCUGACCUGCACAGAACAGAAUUUUAUAACAAAAGCCGCGUUUCAACAAGCGGCAGCCGAGCACGGCCUGAUUGUGGUGGCACCAGACACGAGCCCACGUGGCUGCAAUAUUGAAGGAGAAGAUGAAAGCUGGGAUUUUGGCACCGGUGCUGGUUUUUAUGUGGAUGCCACUGAAGAUCCUUGGAAAACAAACUACAGGAUGUAUUCCUACAUAAAGGAUGAGCUGCCUAAACUAAUAAAUGCCAAUUUUCCAACUGACCCUGAACGGAUGUCUAUUUUUGGGCAUUCCAUGGGAGGUCAUGGAGCUCUUAUUCUUGCUCUGAAGAAUCCUGGAAAGUACAAAUCUGUGUCAGCAUUUGCUCCUAUCUGCAACCCAAUUCAGUGCCAGUGGGGGAAGAAAGCCCUCGGUGGAUAUCUGGGACCAGAUGCAAGCAAAUGGGAGGCCUAUGAUGCUACACAGCUUGUCAAGUCCUACUCGGGUGCUCGCCUCGACAUCUUGAUUGACCAAGGCAAAGAUGACCAGUUCCUGUCUGCAGGCCAGCUGCUGCCUGAUAACUUCAUCGCUGCCUGCACCGAGCGGAAAAUCCCGGUGGUCUUCAGGCUGCAGCAGGGUUAUGAUCACAGCUAUUAUUUCAUUGCUUCAUUUAUUAAUGACCACAUCAAACACCAUGCAAAAUACCUCAAUGCUUGAACCAUUUGGAUGUGAGUGCUGCCUGGACAAGAUGAAUCAAGGGAUAGUGGUGAACUAAACAAGAAUCAUUUGCUGAAGUGAUGUUUGUAAAAUGGAGCUCUUCUAAUUGAUUGUACUUCUAAGAAAAAUAAAAGUCCCACUUAAUUUGA